UAUAAAAUUUUCGUUUGUUCAAAAAAAUUAUUUAGUUCGUUUUUAGCACUCAAAGUAAAACAAAGGAAACUUGGAAAAAUGAAAUUUUUUAUAGUCUUAUUUGCUUUAAUCAAUUGCAUAGCAGGGGAAGACCUACUAAAAGAACAAAACGAAAAUCAAGUUCGCUCAAUAUCCGAUCAAAUUAAGGAUCAAAUCGAAGCUGCCAAGGAACAAAUGCCUUGCGGUUUUCCUGGCCUGGGUAUACCGCCAUUAGCUCCGCUAAGAACUUCGCAUCAAGAGUUAAAAUUGAAUAAAGGCUUUUUGUUUGCUGAGGGCGAAAUUAAGGAUUUUCGCUUGGACGGCUUAAACGAUUUCGAUAUUGAUGAACUGAAUUUUAAUUUAAUUAGUCAAAAAUUAAAAUUUAAAUUUACCUGGUCCAAAAUCCAUUUUAAGACGGAUUAUGCUUUGAAAGCGGGCUUUAAUAGAUUGGCUGUACACCGAGCCGGCGAUGCUACGUUUGCUGUUCAUAACGCGACCGUUUGGGGUACCAUACGUUAUUCAAUAAGUCUGAGUGGUACGGCUCAGUUAAAAGAACUGAGUUUAUACGCCCAAUUGGAUGAUGUGGAAUCAGACAUCAGCGGCUUAUCAGAUAAUAAAAUCAUUAACAAGAAAUUGAAUGAAUUUGUAGAGGAAUGGGUUACUCUGGCUGUUAAUGAAAAUACUGACAAUUUAGCUGAAAUAACUAAUCAGUACGCUAAGCCGAUUAUUAAUGAAUUAAUUAGAGGUAUGAAUAUUCUUGAUUGGAUAUUGGGAGGUGGUGGUAAUGAUCCUGAAGAAAAAGAGCCAUGUAUACCACCGGAAGAUAUUUAAAAACAAAAUUUGAAUCACAUUUUUUAAUCUAUAAAUUAUAGUGAAUUCCUUUCCGAAGGUCACCACAUGGUUUGGUUAAUCAUUCAGUGGAAAUUGAUACAAAUAAAUUGAUAAACUGAUA